GGCCAAAAGUGGGAACUCACCAAGGGGUUCGACCAGCCAGGAGCUGCCCAUGAGGAUGAAUCUAGAAACCCAUAUCCUUUAGAACCCGAAAUUAUCAUCCAGAAGGUCAGACAGCCAGCAUUUCCCAAAGAUGCAGAGCCAUCAAAGCAUGCAGCUAACAUGCGCAAUGCUGCAUCUGGUAGUAAAAGCAAGUUGAAGCGAACAAUGACCAAACAACAAGCGGCUGCUGGUGCUGGGGAUGUGAAAGCCAAGAAGGCUGCGUGUGGAGGACUUAUGAAGGGGAUUCCUGAUGCUGUGCUUCUUGAGACCUGCGACAAGCUACUACCCUUUCUAGAAGCAAAACGAGAGAAUGAAAAGAUUAUUGAAAAAGCAAAGGCAGAAAUCAAAAGGCUGGAAGCCAGUACCCUCGAAUUGAUGAGAAGCCACCUAGCGAAUAAUAAAACUGAUAAUGUUUAUUUAGAUUGUACAGCUAAUGUAGCACAGGUGGGUGCAGGUUUGCCGCAGAAUGCCCUACAUGCUGAUACCGUACAGAGUCCCAAAAGCCAGUCAUCGGGGUCUGAUGGAGAGUGGGAUGGGGGGCCUGAAUGUGGAGCAACUGAAGAGGAGGAAGAGGAGGAGGAGGAGGAGGAGGGUGGGGAUGUCAAUGUAUCACCCUUACAGGUUGAAGAACAACCAGAAGUCUUUGUGGAAAGGAGUGUUUACAAGCGGAGACUGAUUGCCACCGGGGGGAAAAUCAUGUAUUAUGACUAUCGGCGUUUGGUAUAA